GGUAAAUGGUCAAAUCAAAAUAAUAGUAACCUAAAAAAAUUGCCCAAACUUCUCAUAAACAUCAAACCAACCUAACAAUGAAGAAAAAACCUGUACCUCAUUUAAAGUUUGAAAAUAGUCGUAAGACCAUACGCAAACAGAAAAGGCAGCAAAAAAAAAUUCAUCGCCAGGAACAUUAUUUGAAGAAAAAAACCCCACAACAGUCUAUAAUUCAUCCCCAGCAUACUCCGGGAAGGUUCGUAAAGAGACCAGCAGAUGGACAAGAUACUACAGAAAUGAAGAAAAAAAGAAAGAAACCCAAUGCGCCAAGCUAUGACAUCCUUAACAAAGAGAGACAAAAGGAAAUCAACGAAGCAGACCAAUUAAAGUCAGAAAUGGAAGAACAGCGACGGAAGAUACUCCUCAAAGCCAAUGAGGAAGAAGAUCGCCUGAUAAAAAAGCUUGAGAAACAAAUGGGCCUAAAUAAAUCUAAAAACAAGAACAAUUACUUUUCUGAAGAUGGUUUGGACUACCUUUUAGAAAUAUGUGACAGAUCAACAACAGAACAGAUAGUGGCUGCAGAAAAACAUUUAGCUGAAGUUGAUGGUGAUUCAGACUUUGAAGAAGACAUAGCAAUUGUUACAGGAAAAGACAAACACCAAAAGAAAUCUCAGGAAGUAGAUCCACACAAUAGUGAUGAGAAAUUUGACAAUAGUGAAGAGAGUUGUGCUGAAGAGGCAGAAGAUGGUUUGAGUGAUGAAUAUGAUGAUUUGGAUGAUGAUUAUGAUGGAACAGAUAGUGAGCUUGAAGAAAAACCGAAAAUCUCUAGCAAAAACAAAACAGACAAAAAGAAAAUUAAUGAAAGAACAGUAAAAGAAGAAUCAAGCAAUGUUAGUAGUGAAGAUGAAAAAUCAUACCUAUCCAGUGAUAGUGAUGAAAGUGAUUUAAAUGAUGAACCAGAAGGAAAACAGAUUAAGAAGACAAAAGAAGAGAAAAAAGAAAGAAUAAUUAAAGCGGAUGACAUAUCUAAAGUGUUCAGUGAUGAUGAGAUCUCUCAUUUGUCUAGCGAUGAUAUAGAUGAUGAAAACGUUGAACCUAAUGAGAAACCUGACAUUUGGGAAGAUAUAUAUGGACGUAAGAGAGAUAAAGACGGUAAUGUCAUAAAGGAACAAAAAGGUACAUACAUACCGCCCCAUCUACGUAACAAAGACGUUGCACUAGAAAAAGAUUUGACACAACUCAAGAGGCAAAUAAAAAGUGUGCUGAACAAGCUGGCGGGCACGAACCUGCACUGGGCCUGCACGUCCAUAGAGAACCUGUACGGCAACAACAGCAGGCACGCAGUCAACACCAGCCUCAGCGAUCUGUGGCUGCACGCGACCGUGGCGCCCCCCGCCCCCAACCCCGCACUCCCCGCCCCCGCCGCGCCCGCCCGCCUCGUGGCCGAGCACGCCGCGCUGGUCGCCGUGCUGCAUGCUAAUGUUGGAUCCGAAAUAGGGGCGCAUUUCCUCCAAGUACUAUGUAAAGAGUUCGACAGGGCGAUGCAGACCCCGCAGCCGGUUGAGGAUAAGCGCCUGGACAACCUCGUCUCCUGUCUCUCGUAUCUCUACACCUUCAAGGUGUAUCACGCGGCCCUUCUGUACGACGUGCUUGCGCGUCUGCUCGCUGACGUCACCGAGAAGGGCAUAGAGUGCGUGCUGGUGGCCCUGAGGGCGGUCGGCGGAGUGCUGCGGAAGGAGGAACCUCUCGCCCUCAAGAACUUCAUACACGAGACGCAGGAGAGAGUGACGCGGCUCAGUGAGGACGCCGCCAGAGGGUCUCGCAUAAAGUUCCUGCUCGAAGUUCUAAUGGCGGUGAAGAACAACAACCUCACCAAGAUCCCGCAGUACGACCCCGCGUACGCAGAGCACUUGAGGAAGUCCAUCAAGGGGAUCAUCAGGAAGGGGAACUACGUCACGACACUCAACAUACGACUAGAAGACUUGUUGAAAGCCGAUGAGAGAGGUAAGUGGUGGGUGGUGGGGUCGGCGUGGGAGGGCGGGGCGCGGCAGGGGGAGGCGCGGCGGGAGGACGCGCGGCCGCCGCCCUCCGUCGACCAGAAGCUGCUGGAGCUCGCGCGGAAACAGAGGAUGAACACGGACGUCAGGAGGAGCAUCUUCUGCGUCAUCAUGUCUGCAGAGGACUACAUGGAUGCGUUCGAGAAGCUCCAGCACCUGGGCCUGCGGGGGCAGCAGGAGCGGGAGGUGGCGCACGUGCUGCUGGCCUGCUGCCUCCAGGAGACCACGUACAACCCGUACUACGGCGUCCUGGGACGGAAGCUGUGCGAGUUUGACAGGAAAUAUCAGCUAUCCAUACAGUUCACGGUGUGGGACAAAAUAAAGGACAUAGAGAACCAGUCGAAACAGGCGCUAACGAAUUUAGCGCAGUUCCUCGUUCAUUUAAUUAUGGAGAAGGGCCUGGCGCUCUCGGUGCUCAAGAUCAUCCAGUUCUCGGAGCUGAGCAAGCAGUCGGUUCGCUUCAUGCGGCAGGUUCUGCUGUCGAUCAUAAUGAACGAAGACGUGGCCUCGUCGCUCGAGGUGUUCCAGCGGGUGGCCCGGCCGCCCAAGCUGCACGUGUUCAGGGAGAGCCUGCGGCUGUUCAUCCAGCACUUCCUGGUGAAAACCGCGGGCCGCAGCGGCGCCCUGGGGCCGCACGACGCCGCCGCGCUCGCCCUGCGCGCCGCCGACGUCGACGCGAUACUCACCCGGCACGAAUCUAAGCUUAAGCUGUGAAUAAACUUAA